CAGUUAAUAGUUGGAAAAAGUUAAAUUUCUCACCUCCAAAGCGAUGUCGUCGGCUCCGAGUCAGACGAGUACCACGAAGACUGACACCCACCGUUCGGGCGGGGUGAAGGUGACGGCCAAAGCGGAGUCCACUGGGAUCGCAGACAUACUGGAGCUCGACCCCUCCCACUUCAAGACCAUCCCCGGAAUCCUCAAGAUCGUGCAGGUGAUCCUGGCUGUGAUCUGUAUGGGUUGCGCAUCCCCAGUGGUUACCUCCUACACCAACUUCUUCAUGUUCGUCGUCGCCGUCUACUUCAUCAUCACCAUCCUCCUCUGCGUCCUCUACUUCUUCACACUCAAGACCCUGUUGCCCAGGUGGCCCUGGCUCCUCAUUGAGUUGGCCACGACAGCUCUCGGGGUAGUGCUGUAUUUCAUAGUGAGCGUGGUGCAGCUGGCAGCCACCAACCGAAGAGACUACCACUACGUUCUUUCGCACCACGGCCUCUACUCUCAAUACAUGGCAGCUGGCGAAGCUAAACUUUCAACUGAACACUGA